AUGACUAGAAAGAAGGUGAAACUUGCAUUUAUCACCAAUGAUUCCGCAAGAAAGGCUACCUUCAAAAAGAGAAAGAAGGGUCUAAUGAAGAAGGUGAGUGAGCUUAGUACUCUUUGUGGGAUUGAUGCUUGUGCUAUCAUUCUUAGUCCCUAUGAUUCCCAACCUGAGAUUUGGCCUUCCCCUUUGGGAGUCCAAAGAGUUUUAUCACAGUUCAAGAAGAUGCCUGAGAUGGAGCAGAGCAAGAAGAUGAUGAAUCAGCAUAGUUUUCUCAGGCAAAGGAUUGCAAAAGGGAAUGAACAGCUGGAGAAGCAGCGGAAAGAUAACCGUGAAAGGGAGAUGACUCAGGUUAUGUUCCAAGGCCUCACUGGGAGGAGCCUCCAUGGUUUGAACAUUCUGGACUUGAAUGAUAUUGGAUACUUGAUUGACCAACACUUGAGGGACAUUCACAAGAGGGUGGACACUUUGAACAAGAUGGUAGCACAUUCUCAGGCUGCGGCACCUGAGCUUUUGAGCACUGGAGAGAGCUCUCAGCAGGCAGACGGGGGUGGUUUUGAGAUGAAAGUCGAUGCAACGCGGAAGCAGCAGUGCUUUAUGGACUUGAUGAGCCCGCCAGAGAAUGUAGCAUUUGGUGGAGAGGAUAUGAUAUUGCCAUUUGGGGAUACCAACCACAAUUCUCUUUGGUCCAAUGCAUAUUUCCCUUGA